AAUCUCUCGUGCGGAACAAGUCGUUUAGCCAUAGAAUUUAUAGACGCAUUAGUAUUUCAUCUUUGCUUUUAACCAUCUAAAAAUGGCGCUCUUACGAUUUGUGUUCGCAACAGUCCUAGUUUUAACAAAACUAUGGUCCUCUGAGGGCACGGCAGUUCUAGAGUUUCAAAAAUGGGAAGAACUAAAGGAUGAUCUUUCCAAAACGGAUGUAGCAAUUGUCGACUUCUUUGCCUCAUGGUGCCCUCAUUGCGUUCGCUUGGCUCCGAGCUUCGAGAAAGCUGCAGAGACGAUCUCACAAGGAGACUUGAAAGAAAAAGUUCAUUUGAUUAAGAUCCAAUGUGACAGCGAAAAAGGAGCGGCAAUAUGUGCAGCUAAUAAAAUAGAAGGAUUUCCUACUCUCAAUGUCUAUAAUAAAGGAAAGAAACUUGAGCAAUACGUUGGUGGAAGACAACCAGGUGACAUCGUCGAGUACGUGCAAAAAGUUGUGAAGACAAAAAAAGCUCAAUUUACCGGGAAACAAAAGAACGAUCAACUGGUUUGCCUGGCCAAGGACUUCAAGAAAUAUGCAGCCCAAAAAUCGUCGUGAAAGACCUAGUCGAACAAUAAAUUUGAGCGUGACGCGCAUGUACGUGACGUGUUACGUUUUGAAAUGUAUUUUUUAAACUAAAAACGAAGAGAUUUUCAUCAUUCA